UCAUUCCUUCUCUAUUUUCCUGAACCAAGAACCAAGCCUUCAUCUUCUAUGAAGACAUAGUUUUUUUUUUUUUUUUCUAUACAGAAAAAGCAAAGCCCACAACCCCAAAACAAAGAAAAAAUAAAAUAAAUCAAUUUUGGACCCAGAAAAUUCCGUCACUUCACCGAUCAUCUGAUUCUCAGGUAAAAGAUAAAUGUUGGGAGAAAUAUUGGACUGGUUCAGAUGCAGAUUGGAAGUAGCAUGUGGGCAGUAGCUACAAGGAGAAGAGUGAUAAAAAAGAAGAAGAAGACAGGGAGAGGAAAGGAAGGAGUCUUGGACCCACCUAGAAUUAUUUAUGGGUAAAACUUAUCAAGGAUAAGAAUUUCCUCACUAGUGCACUCAAGGCCUUGAUUUGUCGUAAUUGGCCAAGAUGCAACGGAACAGAAGGAUACUAGAUUCCUUUCCAGAAACUAUCGAUCUUGAUCAGGGAUCUGUUUCUAGUAAUGCUUCUGGAGAUCCUACAGCCCCUUGGGAUAACUUACUAAAUCCAGUGGAGGAUCGAUUAUCGAAUUCCAUGCUUUCUUCUGCUAAAGGAAGUCUUAGACGUGCUAAUGGUAUUAGUUAUAACACACAGAACUGCAGUGCGCGGGAUCAAGGUGAGUCGAGCUCCAGUGCCAAUUUGAAUGGCAUUGGACAUGCUAGUCAUUUUAGAAUAGGACAUGCUUGGCCUUCUUCAUCAACUAAUCAUGUCCUGACUAAUCCAAAGUCAGAAGAAACGCGAUUUGGACCAUCCAAUGUCCUCCAUCCUGAGAGUUCAUCAAGUGGAUAUGGUGGAAACCAUCUGAUUGGCAACCCUACAGUUUUACCAAAUCUUGCCUCGGCUCACAGUCCUGUAAAUGCUAACUUAAGUGGCAUCUACAACAAUGGUGACACUCGGCUGGCAAUGAGACCAAGUGUAUCUCCAACUGUCUACACUUCUAACAGCAGAUUGGAAGUGGAGCGUCCUGCUUUUGGUGUCUCUUACAAUGCUGGUGCUUCUUCAGGUAGUUCUAGUUAUUGUGCCGGGCCCCCUGAUAUAUCACGUUCUUCCAUGGGUACUUGGAGUUUAUCCUGCAAGCGCAAGGUCCUUGAAGGCAGUUCUGGGCAGUCUCUUGGUAGAAGUUCAAGCUCCAAUGCACAACCUGAGAACAUUAUACCCCACAAUUUUCCAACUCAAUAUGAUGCUUCCAGCAGCUUAAACAUAUCACCAGUCUCUGCAAGUGUGCAGAAUACUUAUCACUUGGAAAACCUUUAUCCAAGAAAUAGGGCUGGUACAAGAGUGGCUGCUUCUGACAUAAUUCUUCCUCUAAGUGCUAGUGGAGUUGCAAAAACCUCUGCCAGAAUUUAUGGGAGUGGACGAAAUGUUGGGAAUCAUGAUACAAUUACAUUUGGUUUACUGCCAACUGGGGCCGAUUUAGGGCAUUCUAGUGUUGGCUCUACUCUUGUGACUCCUCAGCCUAUUUCAGUAUCUAAUUAUUUAGGCUCCAGACAACCAAUUUCACAGCCAAUGAAUGCAGGUAAUUCAGGAAGCCAUUCUGGCAUAAUGCACAUUUCUGGUGAUCCAAGUGGUUUUCAUUCAGUUCCUUGGAAUGUAUCUCCUAAUUCACGAGGUGGUUGUUCAUCAAGUUCAAAUGUAGUUUCUGCUGAUAGAUCUACUGCACUACAAGAUGAAGCUAACUUCCGGAGCUCAAUAAGAAAUAAUGGGGAACCUCUUCCAUUUGUUCCUGCUACUGAGACCGGAAAUAUGGUACAGGAUCCCACUAAUUGGAGUUUAGCUACUUCAAAUGGAAUCUAUUCCAGAAACACGCCUUCUAGUUCUGCACUCAGCCAUGGGCCAAGUAUGCAAACUUUUCCUACUGCAUGGACACCUUAUCAAAACUUAGCAACCAGUAGCAAUCGUAGUUCUUCAGAAAUUUCUCCUUGGACUCUCCUCCCAUCUGUUGAGUCCGAGUCUGGAAGUCAGAGAGGUCAUUUUCCACUGCUAUCUUCAGCUGCUUGUCCUGUGGAGGAGGCAGAGAUAUCAUUGCGAUCUAGUGGCCGGGGAUCUAGUAGCCGUCGUAAUCAUCGAAACCACCUUAUAUCAUCUUUGAUGGUCGAUUUUCCAAAUAAUGAUGUGGAUGGAUGGCGUGGUUUAGCUUCUGAUAUCGAGGGUCGCCACAGAAUGGUUCAGGAGAUUCGUCAAGUCCUGCAUGCCAUGCGGAGGGGUGAGAACAGGCGAUCCGAGGAUUAUAUGAUGCUUGAUCCAUUUGUCAACGGCAUGGCUGAGUUGCAUGAUAGACAUAGAGGCAUGAGGCUCGAUGUUGAUAAUAUGUCGUAUGAGGAAUUAUUGGCAUUGGAAGAACAUAUAGGAAAUGUGAACACCGGAUUGGGUGAAGAAACCAUUUUGGAACGUAUGAAACAGCGGAAGCAUGAGCCAAUAUAUGGAGGGUUAUCGUCAAAUUUGGAGCCUUGCUGUAUAUGUCGGGAGGAAUACACUACUGGAGAUGACAUGGGCAUGUUGGAUUGUGGACAUGAAUUCCAUAGUAGCUGCAUAAACCAGUGGUUAAUGCUGAAGAAUCUGUGUCCUAUUUGUAAGAUGACAGCCUUAAAAACAUGAAAUGCAACCAAACAAAGAUAAUUUCCCCAGCAAAAAAUUCCCUGGAAAAAGGGAAAAUAGAGGGGUUGGGUGUUGAUUAAGGGGAAAAAAUCUAUGUUACAAAUACAUGAUAUAUUUAUAUACUUGCAUUUGAAAGUGUUUAGGAUAUUGGGUGUCGGUUAAGGAAAAAAUUCAAGGAAAAAUUGUGUGAGAUUUUUCUCUAUCUUACCAAAAAAGAGUGUUCAAAUCUUACACUUUCCAGUUAAUAUGUUCACUUUUUUGUGAGACAAAAAAAAGCCUCAAACAAUUAAUGUCAAUAGGUAAGUCACAUUAACUUUUUUUUUGUAAUAGACCCAAGAACCAUCAAUCAUCAUUUUCAAAAUGGAAAAGAACACUUGUAUCGAGAAAUUAUUUACCAGCAGUUAUUUUUUUUACUUUUA